AUGAGGGGGGCGGAGGCGGCGGUGGCCGCAGCGGCGACGUCCGAGCCCAGCCGCGAGGGGGAGCAGCCUCCGCAGCCCGCAGGGCCGGCGUGUGGGGCGCGCGGGGAGUCCGGCAGCGGCGGCUCCCAGGAGCCCCGCAAACAGUGGAAGAAAUUUUUAUAUUGUGAGCCACAUAAGAGAAUUAAGGAAGUACUGGAAGAAGAACUUUAUAUUAAGAGAGAUGAAUGCCACAUUAAAAAUCCACCUGCAGUGGCCCUGGAAGGGAUUUGGAGCAUUAAAAGGAAUCUCUCUGUGGGAGGCUUGAAGCCAGGACUGCUGAGCAGAAACAGUUUACUGCCACAAGCCAAGUACUAUUCAAGGCACGGAGGGCUGAGAAGAUAAGAUGAAUGAAUUUUCCUUUGAAAAGAAACUUCUUUCUCCUGAUGUCUGAAAAAAGAAGAAACUCAACCUUGUUCUACAGUUUAAAAUGUGUAAAAAAAAAUGCAUGUUAGUCUGUCAUUCCUAUUGUUAUUAAUCCCUAUUUGUAAAUUAAUCCAAAGUGAUAAAAGACUAUUGGUAAAGUUUGCUAAGCAUCUGAAAAGAGAGAAGGGAAAUAUACUUAUUUUUAAUUGUCACAGUUGGAAUACAUUGGGCCUCUAAUUCAGCUUAUUCUAUUAAAUAUGUGAAACUGUGGUGAAACAGAGGCAUGUUUUAUUGAGUCUUUUCUUCAAGGUAAAGAUUAUAAAUUUUGAUCCUUUGCCAUUGUAUAUGUUCAUCCAUAAAAAUCCAUAAAUAAAUCUAGGUACAGGUAAAGGAUAGUGUAUGAAUGACAUAGAUGGAAAGUCUCUAACUCAGACUCAAACAAUUUUAUGCUAGCCUUGGCAGAGCUAGUCAUUUUUCUAGAAUGUGUCUAGUAAAUAAUAAGAAUCCAGUAUAAGUAUGGACAUUUUUUAAAGCAUUUUAUCAAUAGUGGUGGGUUAAAAAGAAAAUUAACACAUCCCCUCCCCACUGCUUUCCAGUUUUCUAAAGCUGCCGAAAUACAAUAUACCAGAAAUGGAUUGGCUUUUCCAAUGGGGGGUUUAUUACUUCAAACAUCUGUAGUUCUAAGGCCAUGAAAACGUCCAAAUUAAGGCAUCAACAGGACGAUACCUUCUCUGAAGAAAGGCUGAUGGCAUCUGGGGUUCCUCUGUCACAUGGGAAGGCACAUGGCCAGAGUCUGCUGGUCCUCUCCAGGUUCAGGUUUCCAUGGCUUUCUAGAAAGUGUUCCUGGUCUUCUGUCAUAGCUUUUCUGAGUUUCUGUGGGUCCUCCUUGCUUCUUCCGGGGGCAAACUCUGGAUUACAUAUUUUCGCUUCUCUCCAAAAUGUCUCUCUCGGCUUCUCUGGGGCAA